UCGCGUCGACUUCGUCGAGCGGAAGCCGUAACUCGGACGUUGACGCGUCGGUUGUAACCCCAACCGAAGCGCGCUACGUCGAGCGCGGAGGCGGGGCGGAGACGCGUGCGAACGCGAGCGGUGUCGCCGCACCGACGAUGGUGUCCUACGUCGUCGCGCGCGGCGAUAGCUUGUUUUCGAUUGCCGCGUCGCACGGCGUCUCAACAGACGACCUCGUCGAAGCGAACGCACUCGGUCUUCGACGAUCUAUAGAGGUCGGUCAGUCGCUUCACGUGCCGGUGAAUAUUGAUCGUGCAUCGUUCGCCGUUAGAGCAAAGUUGCGCGCCACAGAUGGCCGUGUGGGCACGACGCCGGCUACGCGAAAGCUGUUUCUUCGAGACGUUUGGUCACCACAGCGGUCUUCACACUCGACGAUGACAUUCGGGUCGACGACCGGUAAGGCUUUACCAUCGCUACAAGUGUUCGGCGCUGCUAGUUUCGUCGUCGCUAUCAUGCUGACAUUAGUUUCUCGGAAGCCGAGCCGAGCGGUACAGAAGACGUACGACGACGAACGACAGAUGGCAGCGACGGUAUCGGCGCCAGUCCCCGAGUCCGACGCGUUAACGGACGGCGGUGACGUCGUAGUUGAUGAGAUAACUGAGACGAUUGAAAUACGAUCGGCUUCUGGGAAAACGAAACAGAUUUCGAUGCCAGAACCAAGCGAUGAAGAAGACAGCAACGAUGACGGGCCGCGUUGGGUUGGCGAAGUCAACCCACCUGACAAAAAAGGUGUUACCCCCACACUGCCAAAAUCGGCGAAGAAGGUUGACGUCGCGAGACUUGAAAUGCGAGCCAAUAGGCGAGCUCAAAGCUCUGCGCGACGAUUGCAGAGGUCCUCUUCUCGCACGGCGAUUCGACAAGAGGGCCACGGUGCAAGCGCGCUACCAGCGCUCGUAGGUGGCAUCAUCUUCGAUCUGCAAUCGACUAUAGAGCGUUUGCGCAGUAAAGUGAAAUAG